CAUCCACACCCACCCACACCCACACCUACACCCAAAGUAACAGCCUUUCGGUCUGCCCGUGCAUAACUCAGAUGCACCGUAACUGUGUAGUUGGAACGGUAAUACACUUCUGACAUCAAUAUUGAUAAUUUCUGAUGCAAAAUACGCACUUUGGGGAGGGGGCCGAGUUCAUCGAUUAACGCCCCCCGUCCUUUCAAAAUUUUUAGAUCAUACCAUACGACCUGUGUUUGAUGACAAAUGUAGUACAACAACUAUCAUUGAUAAUGCUUCUUUAAUUAGAGAACUUAACAAAUAUAUACAAAAAGGUCUUUUGAAACCGUCGACUCUUUUUUCUACGUUUGAUAUUCAUACUUUAUAUACAAUGUUACCACAAGAUGAAUCCCUUAAAAUAUUUGUUGAAUUUCUUGAAGUACAUGGAUAUACGAAAGUCAAAGAAAUUGAUCUUCAAACAAUAAGAGAAUUAGCUUAAACUGUACUACAAGAAAAUGUUUUUGCCUAUGAUAAAAAAAUCUAUAAAAAAAUUCUUGGUGGUGCUAUGAGUUCCUCUUUUACAUUAACACUAGCCAAUAUUUUUAUGUGGAAAUGGCAAAAAGAAUACGUUCGUCGACAAGAUAUGUCAGGUGAAUUUUAUGGCUGGUAAGUGUAAUACAAAUAGAACAUUACAUAUCAAAAAAAAGAAAAAGUUUUUCGAUAACAAUCUUUAUUAUAUCGAUGACGUUUUUAUGACAUGGAAUAAAUCUGAAAAAGAAUUAAUAAAACUAUUAGAGGACGCAAACCAUGGCAUCCAAAUAUUAAAUUAUAUUAUAAAAUUAGUAAAAGUCUUCCAUUUCUUGAUGUUCUUCUUACAAACAACAAUGAUAUUCUAUCAACAUCUGUAUAUCAUAAACCAGCUGCUGAAACUUAUGUUGCACCAUUUAUAUCUGAUCAUCCUCGACAUACGUUCAGAAAUGCUGUACAAACAGCUCUUCCACGAGCUGUAAGAUAUUCAUCCACAUUUGAAGCAUUCCAUACGGAACGACGCUACAUUAAACUAACUUUAUUAAAUAAUGGCUAUCCAUCAUCAUUUAUUGAGAAUGAAUUUCGAAAAUGUUUUCAUUAA